AUGCCUAAAUAUCCUCUGAUCCUGCAGGAAGCAACCGCAGGGUGUGCGGAAAUUGAGAGAAAAAAGGUUAUUGCAUACAGAAUAAACCAAACAGGUUAUUGUUUUUUUUUUCCCCUUCUGUUUUGUUCAAUAACUUGUACUCUGUCUGUAGCUGCUACGUCUGUGCCAAAGAAGAAGAAGAGCAUGAAAGAGCUCAACAAAAAAGCCAUUGGGGGCCUUCUGGAUGCCUUCAAAGAGGAGCCGGAUGCCAAGCCUGUUCCUGAACCCUCAGUAGUCCAGGUCAGCCCUCCAGCGACAGCUGAGCCUCCCGCUGAAGUGGUAGAUGAGACCUGGGAGGAAAAAGAGGACAAGCAGAGUACUGAGCCGGACAAACUCAAAUCCACACUUGAGCCAACUGAGCAGAAAUACCAGUACAAAGAAGAACUGGGGGAGCCAAUAAACCCAGAAGCAAAGAAGCGGUAUGACAGAGAGUUUCUUCUGGGCUUCCAGUUUAGCAGCGCUAGUAUGCACAAACCAGAAGGUCUGCCUGUCAUCAGUGACGUGGUCCUAGACGAGGUAAACAAGACUCCGCUGCGACCUGUUGAUCCCAGUCGACUGAUGAGUGUGGGUUCGGAUUUCACUCCUACAUAUUUGGGGGGUCUCGGAGGCAAAUCUGCAGGACGACCCCAGCCCUCUGGGUCACAUCGCUCCCAGCAGAGCUUGCGAAAAGAGCCCAAGAAGAUCAUCAUCAUCAACAGCAGGUCCCUCACGGAGAACGUGCAGCUCAACAAGGCUGCGAACGCCUGGAAGCCUUCGACCAUAAAGCCCGAAGACGGCAACUCCGAAGAGGCCGACGCUGAGCAGGGAAAGACUCAGGACGUGUUCAAGCGUCUGCGCAGCAUCCUGAACAAGCUAACCCCGCAGAAGUUCCAGGAGCUGAUGAAGCAGGUGAUGGAGCUGAAAAUAGACUCCGAAGAAAGGCUGAAGGGAACCAUCGACCUCAUCUUCGAGAAGGCCAUCUCAGAGCCCAACUUCUCCGUAGCCUACGCCAACAUGUGCCGCUGCCUUAUAGGGCUGAAAGUGCCCACCCCGGAUAAACCUGGAAGCUUUGUAAACUUCCGCAAACUUCUCCUCAACCGCUGCCAGAAGGAGUUUGAAAAGGACCAGGACGAUGAUGAGUUUUUUGAGAAAAAGCAGAAAGAGAUGGAAGCUUCCAAGAAUGACGAGGAGCGUGAGCGCUUAAGGGUGGAACUGGAAGAGGCCCGAGACAAAGCUCGAAGGCGCUCGCUGGGUAACAUAAAAUUCAUCGGCGAACUCUUCAAGCUGAAAAUGCUGACGGAGGCCAUCAUGCACGACUGUGUGGUCAAACUACUGAAGAACCACGACGAAGAAUCUCUGGAGUGUCUCUGCAGACUGCUGUCCACCAUUGGCAAAGACCUGGACUUCGAGAAGGCCAAGCCUCGUAUGGAUCAGUAUUUCAACCAGAUGGACAAGAUCAUCAAAGAGAGGAAAACCUCGUCCAGAAUCCGCUUCAUGCUGCAAGAUGUUUUGGACCUAAGAAGGAAUAAUUGGGUUCCUCGUAGAGGAGAACAGGGUCCCAAAACAAUUGACCAAAUUCAUAAAGAUGCAGAGAUGGAGGAACACCGGGAACAGAUCAAAGUCCAGCAGCAGCUGCAGUCAAAGAAGGACAACCGGGGUCCGCACACGCCAGCAAGGGGCCGGGCCGCCCAGCCUCAAGACGAGGGCUGGAACAUGGUGCCCAUCUCCACMAAGAAUCGACCCAUCGACAUCACCCGCCUUAGCAAGAUCACAAAGCCUGGGGCCCUGGACUUCAACAAUCAGCGGCUGGCUCCGGAUGGGAAAGGCAUGUGGGGAAGCUGGGGAAAAGGCAGCAGCGGAGGAAGUGGAGCUAAACCAGCAAGUGGAGAGCAAGACUCUGGACGUCCAGCCACCAGCACUCUGAACCGAUUCUCAGCUCUGCAGCAAUCCGGGGCGAUGUCCUCAUCAACAGACACCGAUCGCAGAGUUCCUCAGAGGUCGAGCGGCAGUCGGGAACGUGGUGGUGACAGAGACCGGAAUGACCAUGACAGGGAUCGCUACGACAGGUUUGCUCGCAGCGAGAGACAGGACGGGAAUCAGUUCUCCAAGAGAAGUUUCAGCAGGGAAUCACAGGAGCGUGGUGGAAGGGGCGGAGACAGCCGGGCCGCAGCAGAUUCCGUGCGCCGCGUUGCCAGCAUGACCGACAAUCGGGACAGAGGAAGCAGAGACCGAGGCAGUCGGGACAGAGGAAGCAGGGACAGAGGAAACCGAGAGCAAGGCGGUCGGGACCGAGGUAGCAGAGACCAAGGCAGUCGGGACAGAGGAAGCCAUGACAGAGGAAGCAGGAGCCAAAGUGGUCGGGACACUGGUCCAAGCAAAGACCUUCCAGUUAAGCGGGAAAGUGUUCCUGCUUCUCUUCCCAAACCUGCCAUGACAGAAGAGGAGGUGAGGAAAAAGACCAAUGCCAUUAUUGAAGAAUACCUCCACAUCAACGACGUAAAGGAGGCGCUGCAGUGUGUUGCAGAGUUAAAUAGUGCCUCUCUGCUCUACGUGUUCGUGAGCUGUGGCCUCGAGUCGACACUUGAACGCAGCACCCUUGCCAGGGAGCGCAUGGGUUUGUUGUUACACCGGCUUGUAGAGGCAGGGACGUUGCCCGUACAGCAGUACUAUCAAGGGCUCCUAGAGAUCCUGGAAGUGGCAGAGGACAUGGCCAUAGAUAUACCUCACAUCUGGCUCUACCUGGCAGAACUCAUUACUCCCAUGCUCCAUGACCGGGGCAUCCCUAUGGGACAGCUCUUUAGGGAGAUCUCGAAGCCUCUUGUGCCUCUGGGGAAGGCCGGCUUGCUGCUGGCACAGAUUAUCAAGUUGCUCUGCAAAGGAAUGACUCACGAGAAGGUUGGGUCUUUGUGGAGAGAAGCCGGACUAAAUUGGAAUGAGUUCUUGUCCAAGGAUGAAGACGUCAACAAGUUUGUCACAGAUCAGAAAGUGGAGUUUACCACAGGAGAAGAGACUGAGUCGGAGGAAGCUGGAAUGAAGCAGAUCCUCAGUGGAGAUGAAAUCAGCAAAGAGCUGGACCGACUGCUUCAGGAGAAAGCCAACAACCAGCGAAUCAGAGACUGGAUUGAGGCCAAUCUCGAUGAGCAGCAGUGUGCUUCCAGCCAGUUUCUACGAGCAUUGAUGACAUCGGUGUGCCAGUCCGCCAUCAUAUGUGACAACCCGUACAAGGUGGAUGAGAAGCAGAUCAAAGAGAGAGCCAGUCUGCUGCAGAGAUACCUCUGUGACGAGGAGAAAGCGCUUCAGGCCCUUUAUGCCCUCCAGGCUCUCAUGGUGCACAUGGAGCAGCCUGCAAGCCUCCUGCUGAUGUUCUUCAACAAUCUUUACGACGAGGACGUGAUCGACGAGGAGGUCUUCUACAAGUGGGAGUCCUGCAAAGAUCCGGCAGAGCAAACGGGCAAAGGCGUAGCCUUGAAAUCCGUCACCGGCUUCUACACCUUCCUCCGCAACGCCGAAGAGGAGUCCGACAAGGACUGAGGAAUCGAAAUCCUGCUUUUCAUCAAGACGUGGGGGCGGCGGGGAGGGUUCGGCAGGAAACUGCGACGAGUAGUAGACAAUAUAUUUAGCCCAGAGUGGCAGACUCGAAUCAAUCCUCAAUGAGGAUAAAUCUUUAUUUUUCUUUUUUUCUUUUUGUUUUUUUUUUUUGUUUGAGAGAUGAACUCAGAAAACAAUCAUUUCUCCCUUCCCUCCUCUCCUGCUUUACACAGCAAGUGUCCUCAUGAAAUAAACUUGAAAACACACUCAGCAGGACUGCUUGUUAAUGACGUGUGAGAAUCCACACAUCACUACAAAACUGUUUUUUCUUUUUUUUUUUUUGUGUGUGUGUUUUUUUUUUUUCUCUUGUUUUUUGUCACAGUAACACAAACCAACUGGCUGCUUUUUCAUUCUCCUAGACGAUUAUGCCUAAAUAUCCUCUGAUCCUGCAGGAAGCAACCGCAGGGUGUGCGGUGCGGUGGGUUCCCUGACUCAUGGACGGAUCUAACUCGCAGGUCCUCUCUCUGUCCUUUACUGGAGUGUGCAGCAUGACUGAAGUGUGCUUCGAUUAAGAAUUCAGUGGGCAAAACGUUUGAGGACUUGAAACUGAACUGGGCAAAUGGGGGAGUUUUUAAUGCAAAGGUUGUCUAUUUUCUCUCUUCCUGUUUCCUAUCAUGAGCUUUCAGAGAACCGAUGUCGRCUUUGACUACAGGSCGUUGGUCUUAAUGCUUCCUCUAAGCCAUCUUUUCCCAUCCCCGGUAGUGAACCACACUGACUGACUCUUCAUCUUUACUUCUUCUGUACUUUAACCUGACACCUAUCGACCCAAUCACCGUUAGAAACUUGAAAUCUGCAGAAAGAAAAAAACAAAAAAAAAAAACGACUUGAUGAAAUUAAAUGUAUACAAAGGGGAAGGGAGAAGGGGAAUAAAACUAAAAUAAAAUAAAUAUUAAAAAAAAAACAGAAGUGAUCCGAAAGCCUUUUCUACUUUAAGUGGAAACUCAUUUCAGGACCUUUCUGUAAAUAUAUAAUGAUGAUGAUGAACUUUUUUUUUUUUUCCUGUUUUAUUUUUCAGAACCUAUGAAUUUCUGAUGUAAUUGCAGUGUCUCCUUUUCCAGCAGAAACCACAGUUGUCCAGAUGCAGAGAGGUGCUUUAGAUAAUUCAAUGAUUAUUAGUUUUAUUUGAAUUUUGUAAAUAUUUUUGUUUUGCUUUCUUUAUUUAAGAAAUGAUUGCUUCUUUUUGCAUCAGAAACUGGAAAGAUGAGGUGACAGAAACAUUACAAUAAAUGACUUAUUAAGUUGCUGUG